GAAGGAGGUCAGGUCAGAUGGAGAGUUUGAAGGAAUAUGAUUUUAAAAUAGAAAAGAAAAUAGAACAUAGGACAACUUUAUUUGGUGAAAUAAUGGCAAAGAAUAAGAAUGCAGAAGAAGAAGAGAAAAUCCUGCUGCAAAGGCUGUUGCUUAUCGCUCGACUUCCCAAUGGUCUUAGAGACAGAACAGAAUUAACAGCCCAUUAUGAAAACCUCAGUCUUCAACUGAGUAAACAGUUUCCAAGGGACAACAUGACUGGGCUUCUCUUACUUUAUCCAUCAUGUCUGAUUCAUGUCAUUGAAUCUUCCAGAGAUGUCCUUGUCACUAUUUUGGAAGAUCUUAUAAAGCUACAACAGGCAUCAGACUGUGUAUCUCUUGAAGCGCCAAAGAUUGUAUUCAUGGCACACAAUCCUCACAGCAGGAAGUUUCAACAGUGGAGCUACAAGCUCCUGAAUGCAGAUGUAGCCUCAGCCAAAGGGACCACAGAGCUGGAGAAGGAGCCCACCGAGACGCUAGUUCUUCAAGUCUUGACAUCUGUGGAAACUAUAGCAAAACAGCUAGAACAAGCUAAAAGGACAGAGGGUGGAUCAGCAUUGAAAGAUCUAGGCAUGGCUCCAGAUGUUUUGAUCACGCUGACAUCUAGAGAAGAUCUGCUGACGCCUCAGCAAUACCUCAAGUUAUAUAACUCCCCUUUACACAUCCGCAUUGACUUUGGACAAGCGAAGGAAGGUCGCCCAUUGAAUAUUGUCUAAUAAGAUAAAAUUAUAAUUUAUAGAACUAUGAUGGCAAAAGUCUUUGACCUUCACUGGAGCUCAGAGUACAUUAGACCUGCUGCAAGAAAAAGGAAACUAGACCACAUGAGUAUCUCUUCAAAUCAGCUCAAAUGACUCUAGGUGUAGUGAAAAUUAAGUAGUGUUACAAAAAGUACUGUGAAAACACUGCCUAACUUUCUGGAGAUGGCAUGUCUCUCUUGUAUCAAAAUAUUAUGUACUUUAUAUAUGUAUACUUGGAAUAUCUCAACAGCAAUCAAAAAAGUAACAGGACAAAAAAUGUUAAUGUAAAAACAUAUUUAAU